UCCGUAAGUGAUGGAUGAUUGAUACGACAAAGAUAAUGUGGGGAUUAUUGUGUGCUAAUGGGUGCAGUGGCUGCCCACGAUGCCUACGAAGAAGCCCUCAACCUCGAGCCCGGGAACGACCAGGCCAAGUCUGGUUUUGCCGCCGUGAAGAGAGCCAUUGACGCCGAAGUGAAGGGAGACACCGCUGACCCGUCAGGAGGUAUUGGUGGAAUCUUCAACGACCCUCAACUGUUCCAGAAGCUGGCCAGCAACCCCAAGACAUCCCCCCUCCUCGCAGACGGCGAGUUCAUGGCGAAGCUGCAGCGUGUCAAGGAGAACCCCAACAGCGUUGGCCAGGAGAUCCAGGACCCUCGCUUCUUGCAGGUUAUGAGUGUGCUUUUGGGAAUUGACAUGAACUUUGGCGGUCCUCCUGAGGGUGCUGCACCAGAGGCUCAGCAGGAGGCACCUAAGCCCGAACCGAAGAAGGCGCCCGAACCCGAACCCGAGCCGGAACCGCAAGACGAGGAGGCCCUUGCUAAGAAGAAGGCACAAGAAGCUGGUGACGCUGAGAAAAAGAUUGGUAACGACUUUUACAAGAAGCGACAGUUCGACGAGGCUAUCGAGCACUACAACAAGGCUUGGGAAGCGAACAAGGACGUCACAUACCUUAACAACAUUGGUGCGGCCAAGUUUGAGAACGGCGAUUACCAGGGCACCAUCGAGACCUGCCAGAAGGCUAUCGAGGAGGGCCGCGAACACCGUGCGGACUUCAAGGUGCUUGCCAAGUAAGUGUCUGAAAGUCAUCUACAUCUCGUGGGGUGUUUCUAACACGGUUCAAUACUACAGGUCGUUCGCACGUAUCGGAACCGCUUAUGAAAAGCUCGGUGAUCUCACCCAGGCCAUCGAGUUCUACAACAAGUCGCUCACUGAGCACCGCACCCCUG